AUGGCGAGCCUUGGAUUGGCUAUACAAAAUUCAUCUCAAAAGUUUUCAACCCUCGAAGUUUUUCCCUCCCUUUCUGAGAGAAUGGUGGCUACACGGAGCAAGAGAGCUCAUGAUGAUGACGACGAUACCAAACACGACGACAGCGAAAUCGACACAAACCGCUUAAUAACGGUAGGGGAAGAGAAUGGAGGAUUUGGAUUUAGUAUUUCCGUUUCGGGAUACGAGCAGUCCCGACAGCAAAGGAUCAAAGAGAACAAGGAGAAGCUGCAAAAGCUGGGCAUUUUCGACCUUUCUGUCAAGCUUAAGCCCCAUAUUGUCAAGAAAACUGGCCGAAUUAAUGGUUCAUCUGGGAAGAAAUCUCAGAAUCAACUGCUGGAUUCCGCCCACACCAGGCGCUCUUCUAGAUUGGAGACCCUAAAACCAGUUAAUUACAGGGACAAGCCUACCAAAAAGAAGUGGGAGUCCUCAGGUAACGAUGAGGAGGGGAAGCGAAUUUAUGAUUCAGUCAACAGAGAGCCUGCCAUCAGUGCAGAUUAUGAAAUUUUAGUAAAUCUAGAUAUAGCUGUUACCAUUGUCUUAAACUCUUGUUCUAGUAAGUUGCCAUAUUGCCUUGUUUGGGUUGGUGGAACUAAAUGUCUUCAAUUAAUACAAAAUCUGUUGACUGGAUUUAAUUGUGCUGCUUCUGCCAAGAGUGUACUACUGCAGAAAACUCUUGGGCAUCAUACACACUGCGACAAAUGCGACUUGGCUCAAGGGCAGUUUUGUGGACAUUGCUUAUACAAGAGAUAUGGUGAGAAUGUCGUAGAAGUCAACCAGAACCCAGAAUGGAUUUGCCCUGUCUGUCGGGGUAUUUGCAGCUGCGGUCUUUGCAGAAAGGCAAAAGGAUUGGCACCAACCGGUGCCCUUUAUAAGAAGGUUGUAAGGCUGGGAUUUACUGUGGCUCAUUAUCUCCUCCAAACUCGUAACACAGACCCAACUGAUGUGGAACUAUUAGGGGCUGAAAGCUGCCAUUCUGAGGAUAUUGAUACAGGUUCCCAGCCUUCAUUGCUACUCAAGUCUCAUUCAGCUGCAGAUGAUGAGGAUACUAUGAAUUUCAGAAGCCUUAAGCAGCAGAGGUUGAUCAUGCGACUGGUGAUGAAAUGGAAGUGCGCGGCUUAGACAGCAUGAAUAAUGUUGGAUCUGAAGAAGAAAAUAAUGAUAAGCCCCGUGGGUAAUAAUGAUGUGUUAACAGCGAAAAGAGGCUAAAACAGUCUAAAGUGGCUCAAAUUUACCUGAAGUUAGCUACUGUCAUUGGACAACUUCAUGCUUGAAGAUGCCAAUGACUCAUUUUGAAAGCCAAAAGUACUUUGGUCAAUGAGGAGUUGAGGUAUGUAUAUUGAGCAUUUGUGUACGACUUGAUAGUACGAAGAUUUUGUGAAGUACAAUAGAAAAGGCGUUGAUCUGCAGAUUUUGUCAAAGAUACUAGGCAGACUUCUUGUAUCUGGUUUUCCUUACCAUUGUUUCAGGAACCUUGUAUAGAACAUAUUCAGGUAAUCUAUUCAAAGAUGAACUUAGCCAAAA